GGGCCCAAGUAAGAGAGAAGAACGACUACGGAAAUGGUCAUUCAAAUUGGGGGCUCCUAAAUAUUCAUUGCGAAUCAUUUCUUCUCUCUUCCUCCAUCAAUUUCGUUUACUACACAAAGACCUUCUCUCGCUGUCCUUUGAUUUUUGGGAGCUUUUCUUUCCAUGGCAAAAAGCUCGUUUAAGUUGGAGCAUCCCCUGGAAAGGAGACAGGUUGAAUCUGCUAGGAUCCGGGAGAAGUAUCCUGACAGAAUUCCGGUGAUUGUGGAAAGGGCUGAAAAGAGUGAUGUGCCAGAAAUUGAUAAGAAAAAAUAUUUAGUUCCUGCUGAUUUAACUGUUGGUCAGUUUGUGUACGUGGUCCGAAAGAGGAUCAAGCUCAGCCCUGAGAAGGCCAUCUUCAUUUUUGUGAAGAAUAUUCUGCCCCCUACAGCUGCAAUGAUGUCUGCAAUAUACGAGGAAAACAAGGACGAAGAUGGUUUCCUUUAUAUGACCUACAGUGGGGAAAACACAUUCGGGGCGUGCUGAAACAAAAUAAGACAGUAAGACGUAAAUGUCUACAGAAAAUGGGAAGGGGAAAUGAUCGUAUCUGCUCUUGUAUAUUCUCCUCACCCCCAUCACUUGGCCCUCUGUUUUAUCUUUCCAAACGCAAUCUGUCUGUAUAGUGUUUUUAUUUUAAUCAACUAAAACCAGUCCUAUUUGAAUUAUUCAAAAGUUGUUGUAAAUAACAAGAACUUAUAGCAAUUUGUGAUAUGAUAUCUCAUUUGUCGUUUGAAGUUUA